UUUGCAUUGCAAUCCCCCUGCCUUCCUCUCCUUUCUCCCGAUCAAUGCAUAUUUGCAAAAGGAUUAAGCCACAGAUAUAAGCGCCGGGAGCCCAUUUCUGCCUUGCAAAGGAUACCGGACUGAAAAACCAAAAGCCAGCUCUGAUUUCUUUUCGUCAAGUGGGAAGGUGGUUUAUUUUUCUUGCUUUUUGGAGUCAACACCCUUCCCCACCAGCCCUUAUCCCCACCCUCACCCCGCAACCCCUUCACGCCCCCCUCCCCCUCCCCACUCCCCAUCCUCCCACCAUCCUCUAAAGAGGCAAAGGGAUUUUUUUUUUUCUUUUUCUUUUGGUCUUCUUUUUCCCCCCCUUCCCUGUUUAUCCUGAAAAGGAUUUGAAGACAGCUUGAAGGAUAAAAAGCCUUGGUGCUUCCCAGGAGCCGAGCCGAGGAGCAGAAGAGGAAGAGCCGGGGGCUGCCGUUGCCUUUGGAGAUGGACGAGCAGCCCAGGCUGAUGCAUUCCCAUGCUGGGGUCGGGAUGGCCGGACACCCCGGCCUGUCCCAGCACUUGCAGGAUGGGGCCGGAGGGACCGAGGGGGAGGGCGGGAGGAAGCAGGACAUUGGAGACAUUUUACAGCAAAUUAUGACCAUCACAGACCAGAGUUUGGAUGAGGCGCAGGCCAGAAAACAUGCUUUAAACUGCCACAGAAUGAAGCCUGCCUUGUUUAAUGUGUUGUGUGAAAUCAAAGAAAAAACAGUUUUGAGUAUCCGGGGAGCGCAGGAAGAAGAGCCAACAGACCCCCAGCUGAUGCGACUGGACAACAUGCUGCUGGCGGAGGGGGUGGCCGGGCCAGAGAAGGGUGGCGGCUCGGCCGCGGCGGCUGCGGCGGCGGCAGCUUCUGGAGGCGCCGGUUCCGACAAUUCGGUGGAGCAUUCUGAUUACAGAGCCAAACUCUCACAGAUCAGACAAAUCUACCACACGGAGCUGGAGAAAUACGAGCAGGCCUGUAAUGAGUUCACCACCCAUGUGAUGAAUCUCCUGCGAGAGCAAAGCCGGACCAGGCCCAUCUCCCCGAAGGAGAUCGAACGGAUGGUCAGUAUCAUCCACCGCAAGUUCAGCUCCAUCCAGAUGCAGCUGAAGCAAAGCACAUGUGAGGCCGUCAUGAUCCUGCGUUCCCGGUUUCUGGAUGCGCGGCGGAAGAGACGGAAUUUCAACAAGCAAGCGACGGAAAUCCUGAAUGAAUAUUUCUAUUCCCAUCUCAGCAACCCCUACCCCAGUGAGGAAGCCAAAGAGGAGUUAGCCAAGAAGUGUGGCAUCACAGUGUCCCAGGUAUCAAACUGGUUUGGAAAUAAACGAAUCCGGUACAAGAAGAACAUAGGUUCUUCCAGUUCUUUUAACAUGUCAAACUCUGGAGAUUUGUUCAUGAGCGUGCAGUCACUCAAUGGGGAUUCUUACCAAGGGGCCCAGGUUGGAGCCAACGUGCAAUCACAGGUGGAUACCCUUCGCCAUGUUAUCAGCCAGACAGGAGGAUACAGUGACGGACUCGCAGCCAGUCAGAUGUACAGUCCGCAGGGCAUCAGUGCUAAUGGAGGUUGGCAGGAUGCUACUACCCCUUCAUCAGUGACCUCCCCUACAGAAGGCCCUGGCAGUGUUCACUCUGAUACCUCCAACUGAUCUCCCAGCAGUCGCAUCCCGGCUGACCCUGUGCUCCAGUCGGGGCCGGGCCAGGAGGGAGGGUUUCUCAACGCUGAAGCGGUCAGACUGGAGGUCGAAGCAAUCAGCACACACAAUAAGAGUCUCCUUCUCUUCUCUUCUUUGGGAUGCUGUUUCAGCCAAUCUGGACACUUCUUUAUACUCUCUUCCCUUUUUUUCUGGGUAGAAGCCACCCUUCCCUGCCUCCAGCUGUCAGCCUGGUGUCCAUCAUCUUCCCUGCCCCUUUCCCUCUGUCCUAGACUCCCUGGGUCCCUGCCCUCUAUUACAUCCCUGAAGGAUAUUUUCAACAAUUAGAGGAAUUUAAAGAGGAAAAAAAAAUACAAAGAAAAUAAUAAAAGUGUUGGUAUGUUUUCAUGCUGGUGGUUUGAGGGGCCAGACUUACCUCCCUGGGAUCCCUUGCUCCCUCUGUUAACAGGCAGUCCUUCUCUUUUCUCUCGUUACUCUCACUACCUCUUAGCAGGAAUACGCCACAUUGCCCUACUCAUUCCAGGCCGCCCUACCUCCUCUUGCUCUAACCUCCCCGGGGGCGAUUCUGAUUAGAAUACAAUUCCUCCUCUUCCUUCUCAGCCCCAGGUAUUCUUUGGGGGCUGCCUUUGCUGGGCUUCUACAAGUGCCACAGUUUCUGGGUUCACCUCUGCUAGCUUGGUUCCCAGCAGGAAGUCAGGCAGCAAGAGAAGCCUCAAGGAACAAGGGCAGAAUUCCUAGAGGCUUUUGCAUCUUCCCAAUAACAGCUCUUGGUUUCAGAGGGACAGUCUCUGGAGACCGUGCAGUAAGUGGUGUUCAGAAUCUACUGCAAAACCAGGUCUGAGUUAGGCAUGGUGGUGAAUACAUCACUAAGGAGUAGAAGGUUCUUAUCCUGCAACCCUUUACCUAUCCCCUUUAUCUCUCUCUCUCUCUCUCUCUCUCUCUCCUCUCUCUCACACACACACACACACACACACACACACACACACAAGCAUACAAACGUAGGCAUGUGCACAGCCUCACACAUUACACUUGCCCCAAAUCAGGCACGUGCCACAUUCAGAUACCUAUAUUAGUAACCAUAACAUUAUACCUUGUGAGCCCAAGAGAGGGAAUUAACAACUCUGAGUGAAGGUCACUGACACAGAGAAGCAGCGUGUGCCUGGGGCUUCCAGGCCCCCAGCGUGCACACACCAGAACGACAUACACAGGACUCGAUCGUGAUGAAGCCCAGGUUUCCAGUACAAACUAAUCCUGUUCUCACCACCUCUGGAGCUCUCAGGGAGCCACACACAGUACUUACAAAGCCUACAAUGGAUUUGGUUCUGUUUUGUUUUUGUGUUUAUGUUAGGGACAUUGUAUUAAUUAUCCAAAGGGUUAUAUGGCUCCAACAUUCUCGUCCUGGAGGAGAAAGAUGUAUAAGAACAUGGCUUGGGCAAACUUUUUGCUUGCUUACUUUGAAGACCUGAGAGUGAUGGAGAGCAGGGAGGUCAUGCUUUCAGUGAAAUCAUCCAUGAUUUUUAUUCCCUGGUAAUAUCUGAGAGUGAAGAGUAGGUACUAGAAAGCUGUCCUCAUGUCGCCUGUGCUCACAUUCUUCAUAGCCAACUGUGCCGGCAAUAAACAUGGCAGCUCUGUCACUUGACUAAGUGGGAGGUGGUGCCUCAUUUUCUUCAUCUGUAAAAUGGGGGUUGUUACGCCUGGCUCACCAAGAGGCGUGUGAGAGGCCGAAGAAGUUGAUUUCAUUCAUAUCCAAUCUGUAAUUGUGAAGUCAGGGGAAGAAGCAUCCCUAAGAUAAACUGGUUCAUGCCACAUAGGGGCAAUAAAUGGUUUUCCUUUUCUAACUUCUGGUUAACAUUAGUCCCCUGAGGUCAUCAGCCUGAUGACAAAGAGAAGGGUUAGUGUUGUUCCUUCUGUUUGUUUUGGUCUGCUUGGUUUCUUAGAAUAGAGAUGUCUCUAAAUUGGAAAAAAUGGGACGUGGUUCUCUAAGCUUGUACUUGAAUCCAGUAUGUGGCCUUGUAACUACUUAGUCCCUGUCACAUCUGCUAUGCUUGAGCGGCCUCCGGGAGAGGUAUAAGACCCUGAGGGGUGAGAGUGGCCAGCUAACAAGGUCAUGGACAUUCUGCAUGACGCUUCAGUAAUGGUUCGAAAAUGUUCCUGUGUGUGGGUGUUGGGAGGUGGGGGGUUAACCUAAGGAACUAGAAGGUAUGUGUAUUUGAAGGAAAUGCAAAAAGUAAAUAGUUGGCAAGAUGGCAUUAUGCCUGGAUGACUGAGGUCAGUAGAAAGACUCUCUUCUAACCAGUGCCAUAAUCAGAGCAGGGCUUGAUAAAGAGGAUUCCUGGAAGGAGCCAUCCUGUGACCAUUCUACAGUGAUUAAAACCAGUGGAGAACUUUGUCUGAGUGGCAGGGAUCUAUUGAAACUACCCACAGAGGAAUAUGAUGGGAUCGCAUCCCCCCGAUUAGGGGCAAAGUACAAAAGGGACACAAAAGGGUUCUCUUGGAAACAGGAAGAAUGAUUCCAGAUUUGGGUUGAAUGAUUGCCGUUUUAAGUUGAUGAAAUAGAUCAGAGCAGUGCUACCUUUGCACAGGCAGUCUCUCUCCCUGCAGUAGUUUGCACUGAUCACCACUCACAGCAUCUUCCCCACCUAGCACUUCAUGCAGUGCUCUUCGCAUCCAGUACCUUUCCCACGACUUCCCCUCCUCGCCUACGAUCACAUCCAACGUGGCGGCCACCACCUCUCUUUGCAUUAAGCGAAGCAUGAGAACACUGGCAGCGGAAGGUUGGGGAUGGAAAGUAGCGUGCCUCUGGAAAUACAGCUCCCUGGGAAUUCGUAUUAGGUCAAUCCUACAGAUACCAAAAUGUGCCCCAAGACGCCUUCAUUUUCUGAUGGAAGUGGGAGCGCUCCAUUUUCCCUGGCAGAUUUCCCCUGAGAAAUGAUACCAGCCCUAGGGUUUGCCCACCUUGUAACUCUUCAUCACAUCCUCCUUUUCAUCCCUAACUCCUCCCCCUGGCUUAGAAUUGACUCCUGUGCGGUACUUUUGCCAAGUGACACCUUUACGUUUAUUUUUCAUUUUGCUGUGGUGGUAGUUCUUUAUUUACCGUUUGCCUUUUCUCUCACAUAUCUUCCCUGCCCCUCUUUCCUUCUGAGUUUUAUUUUUCUGCCCAGAAAAACCUGACUUCGAUACCAAAAAAAGAUGAAACUACAGAAACUCAAAUUUAAAAAAAAAAACUUAAAAAAACACAAAAAAAUACUCAACGAUUCUUUCAGCUUUAUUAACAUUUUCCAUUGUUUCUUGCGACUCGUGUCUCGUUCUUUGUAGUAUUGAUGAUGAACAUUUGAUAAUGAAUGUUCUUGUAUAUUCAGAUAAAGAAAAAAAACCAAAAAAGCGGUCUGAAUUUAAUAGUGUUUAUAAUAAAAAUUUUAAAAAUGACCCUCAUAGCACGCAAAACAGGAUGGGGGAUUUCCCCUCUUCUUUCUGUGACAAUGCACAUCAUUCCUGCAUUAGUUUUUAACACCGAACUACCUACAUUCACCAUUUCCCCCAUUUUUCUUUUAUUUUCUUGCAUUUGUGAAUUAGUUCAAGAAUGCUAGAAAAGUGUCGAGUUGUGCACAUCCAUUUCCUGUUUCACAAUGUUUAAAAGUGACAGUAAUUCAUUUUGUAAACUAAAAAAAAAAAAAAAAAAAGGUUGGAAUAGUGAGCAUAAUAGGUACAGCCUAACACGUUAUUAUGUUUAUUAACUUCGAGACCCAGAAAUAAAUUCUUUUCUUUUCUUUCUUCUGCUCUUUAAAAUAUAAAAAAAGAAACUAUGUUUUGUUUUGUGUUAUUUUUGGUUUGUUUAUGGGGGGGCUUUUUUUAAUUGUCAGGAUUAUGGUCUUGCUGUUUUUAUUCCUUAAAUAUGUAUUUGAGGUGAUGUGAAAAGAUGACAUUUGUAGAAUAGGCUGUUUCCUUGUACUUCCGUUUGUUUCAGAAUUCAGUUGACUUCAAAGAUCAAGCCCACCAUGAUUCAUAUUUUUUCACCUGCAGUUUUUGGAGUGUGUGGCAUUCUUGCAAUCCCUGAGAAAAACAAAGGCAAGGACUUGAGUUUUCUUUUUAGCCCUUUAACAAUUCAAGGAAUUGGUCCAGGGGACCUUCUUGUGCUGUAGGGAAAGGUUUUUGCCUUGGUUGGUUAUGAAUGACACAAUAAAAUGCUUUCUUUUCUUUCUUCCUGAUUAAUAGCAACGUUCCACGACUCUUUCCAGCUAGAGAGGACUUUUUUCUUCCAGUAGAAUCCCACAGGAGAUCCUGGUGGGCUGUGCACCGCUGGCUGAGUAGACCAGAUCCAGGAAGCCGUCCUAGAGUCAUUUGGCCUACUGAUCUUUUGAGCCAGACUCAGUGCUGUUGUUACAGUGCUGAGCAGUUACACCUGAUUCAUUGGCAGUGCGCCUCGUAUGAACCUCUGAUUUAGGCAGCUGUCAAACUGGCUUGAUUUGGGAUGUUUUUGUUAAGUUAGGGGAGAAAAGAAAGCAAUAUUAUCUGGAGGAAGCUUAAUUUAAAUGUUUUUCAUUCAACAAAUGAUUAAGCAUUCAGAAAGCAGCAAGAACUCAAGCAAGAAGAGUUAAGAACACUUUAGGAAGUGUUUCUACCCAAUCGCUUGCACUCUUGUUUUUAAGUCAUAACAAAAUAAUGACAAGCUUUUCACAUCACCUUUAUGGUUUCAAUCCCUAGCUCAAAGCUUUCUGGAAUCUUUUAUUUUUUUGUAAACUUUUUUUCCCUUUUGUUAAAAUUAAUAAAACAUCCAAUGUUUUCCCCCUUUUCUCUCUUUUUACUUCUUUUCUUUCCUUUGGCGUUUUCAACUAUUUUGAAGUGCUUUCCUUUGGUUUUUGGUUUUAUUCUCCCGCUCCCCCUCCCCUGUUCUUAUUAUUCAGAGUAUAAACCUGCAAAGCUCUGCUCUGUUUUGGUUUUGAAAGUUUAAGCUUUCCUGCUUCUGUGAGAGCACAGGCUUCUGUCCCUUUUGAUUCCAACUGAAAUUUUGUGUUCUCUAAUGAUACUAACACGGUGUAGGUUUUACAGUCUCCUAAUUUGUACUGGUAAUGCAUAUUCCAAAUAAAUAGUUUCUUUUGUUGCAAAAAA